CAAUAGCUCGUCCAAUCACUGAUCCUGGUGCCAAGAGGCUUAUACAAAUCCCCCAUGCUACUAUCAUUGCAAGGGGUGAGUAGAGUACACUGGGAACACCUACCUGCUGGGUUCAUAAUUGAGUGGUUGGCACCCAGAGAAGGUAGAGUUGCCGAAGCCUUAUCAGAAGAAGCAGUGUGUAGACGUAGUGUACGGACGUAGACACACGCCUUGCGAUAUGAGACUCACCCUUGGACCAGAGAGAUCGGACGUGGAGGUGUCUUUCCUUACUGGCAGGGGUCUGUCCUAUGGGAUGGACGACUCGCAGCAGGACUUGUAUGAGGAGCGUCUGAAGGAAGUCUUCCACAGCUUCGAUGGCAGCGACGCCGGCUCCCUCAGCCCCGAGGAGCUGGCAGAACUGUGCCAGGCUCUGCAGCUCCAGGAGGCCGAGCCCGCCCUCCUCAACACCCUAUUACAGAACCAGGACCAGCUGACGGGCAGGGUGAAUUUUGAGCAGUUUAAGAACGCGUUGAUUCUGGUGUUGUCUUCAGCUGUUGGAAAGCCUACAGAGAGCGAAGAGACGGCAGCACAACCAGACUCACCCAAGAUGCACCCCAAGUUUGUGAAGGGCACCAAGCGGUACGGCCGGCGCUCCACCCCAGAGUACAUAGAGGGCAUCAGCAACUUCCCCGCAGGAGCCCCCGAACACGAGGAAGGACUGGCAGAGGGGCAGAGGGAUGAGGAGGACGAUGAGGAUGAUGAUGAUGAUGAUGAAGAGAAUGAGGACUCUGCAGUACCUCGGAAACGUGAGCGCUGGAACACUCACGGAAGUAGCCCCGAGGAAUAUGAGGCAGAGGGUCAGCUUCACCUGUGGAACCCAGACGAGCCUGGCACGCCCUGCGGCUCAAUGUCGGUGGCCAUCUCUGAGCGGCAGGAGGACCGGUUACGGGCCGCCUGUUCCGAGCUGGCACUACCUUGGGAUCAGCCAGCCACACAAGAGCAGCUGUUCACACUCUGCCAGCACCUGGGCCUGGAGUUGAAUGAUGAAUUGUUGCAGUGUUUGGACGUGGAGGGAGACAUGAGUGUGCUGGAUUUCAUGCGCUACAUCAUCAGCCAGAAUCAGCCCCCCACCCCUUCAUCCUCCACACCCUACCGUCAGCUGAAACGCCAUCACUCUAUGCAGCCGUUUGACGAGAGUGGUCGCAGAACGAGUAUCGUCACCAGCACCAUUGGCCUGCGUCUCUUCUCCACGCUGGACGAUGGGACUGGACAUACGCCGGCAGAGGAGCUGGUGGAUGCCUGGAUAGACGAGGGUAUUGACAACAGUCCUGAGAUUCUUGAGGCUCUGGAGUUUAGCUUGGAAGGGCGGGUGAAUCUAAGCGAGCUGACAGUGGCUCUGGAGAACGAGCUGUUGAUGACUAAAAACAGCAUCCACAAGGCGGCGUUGGCGAGCUUCAAGGCCGAGAUCCGCCACCUUGUUGAGCGCCUGGACCUGGAACUGCGUGAGAAGGAGAAGAUUCGCUCCGAUCUGGAGAAGGCGGAGAAGCUCAAGUCCCGGCUGGCUACUGAGGUGGACGAGCACCACUCGGCCAUCGAGCGCCACAACGAGCUCAACCUGCGUAAAGUGGAGCAGGAGCACAAGGAGAAGGUGGCAGUGCUGCGAUCAGAGCUGACCCACGAGAUGGACCGGCUGCAGCAGCAGGCUAGCCAGCAGCGGGAGGACCUGGAGGCAGAGAUCGCCAAGAUCCGUGAGGACGAGACCUUCCUGCGGGAGCACCUCGCGCUCACAGUCAAAGAAAAUGGCCGUCUGGAGGCAGAGCUGCUGGACAGCACCGAGAGGUUGGUGGAGACCGAAAACCAGGUCGGCAAGCUGCAGAAGAAUCUGGACAACGUCCUUAAAGAAAAGUUUGGAGACCUUGACCCAGGCAGUGCUGAGUUCUUCCUGCAGGAGGAUCGUCUGCGACAGCUUCGCAGCAACUACGAGGACCAGUGCAGAGAGCUGCAGGAUCGUGUUGAUGAGCUGCAGGCCCAGCUUGAGGAGUAUCAGGUGCUAGGCCGAGCCCCUCCACCCUCCACCCUGCUCUCUCUGUCUGAUGAGCUCGAGAACAAGAGCCCAGGCAUGGAGUCAGACCAGGGUAACAGCUCUCGUCUGGGGCUAGAAGAGGGUCAGCCCUUUAACAUGUCCCUGGAGACAGAAAUGCUUCUGGAACAGCUGAAGGAGCAGCACUUUAGAGAGAUACAGAGCAUCAAAGAACAGGUGAGCGAGUACCAGCAGCGUCUGGAGGAACAGCAGGCGGCACAGGACGAGCUGAGGAGCGUACUCUCCUCCCAGCACCAGGAGGAGGUGCAGGCCAUCAAGGACGAGGUGGCACAGGUUCUCGCCCGGGCACACAAGCUCCAGAAUCAACUGGACCAGGUGGAGGAAGAGCGACUGAGUUUGGAGGAGAACCAGGUUGAGGAGCGGGAGACACUGGACAGGCGACACCGGGACGGGAUGUCCUCCCUCCAGCAGGAGCUUCAAGAGGCACUGGCUCAGGCCGAUGAGCUGCAGGAACAGCUGAGGGCUGUGGGGGCGCGGCACACAGGCGCCACGGAGGAGCUAGAAAAGGAACACGCUGAGCUGAUCCACCAACUGGAGCAGCAACAAGAGGAGGUGUUUCAAGCCAGGGUAGAAGAGGAGAGGCAGAGGCUUCAGGAAGAGAGGGAAGAGGAGGAGACGAGGAUGUUGGAGAAGUGGGAACAGGAGAGGGGUCAGCUUCAGAAGAGCCACGAGGAGGUGCUCGAUGCUCGGCUAGAGGAGGCGAGGGGGACAUUUGAGGAGGAGAGCAAGGAGCUGCAGAGGAGGCUGACAGAGGAGUGGGAGCAGGAGAGAGGCCAGAUAGAGGGGCAGCAUAAGGAGGUACUGGAGGCUCUGCUGGUGGAGGAGGGAAUGAGGCUCCUCAAGGAGCAAGAGCAGAAGGAAGCCGAGCUCAGGGAGGAGUGGGAGGAGGAGAGAGCUCUUUUAGAGGAGCAGCAUGAAGCCGCCCUCCAGGACAGUCUGGCUAAGGAGAGGGAGAGACUCCAGGUUGUGGAGGAGGAGAUGGAUAGGAGGUUGUCUGAGGAGUUUGAGAAGGAGAGAGCCCAACUUGAGGAGCAGCACGAAUGCGAGCUGCAGGAGAGGUUAGAGAAAGAGAGGGCCAGACACCGCCAGGAGAAGGAGGAGGUGGAACGGAGGUGGCAGGAGACCCUGGAGGAGGAGAAAGCCUGUCUAGAGCAGAGCCACCGAGAGGCCAUGCAGGAGCUCAGCACCAAACACAGUGAGGAGCGGGAAAGACUCAGCACCCUGCUGGACAAACUCAGGGACAACAUCGCUGUUGAGAGGAGGGAACUUGAGAGCCACUUCUCCCAGAAAAUCAAAGAGGUUGAGGCUCGAUUCUCAGGUGAUCAGGAUGCCGUGUCAGAGCGCUUCCAGGCAGACGUUCAUAGCCUCGAGCAGCACUACCAGAGUGAGCUUCAGGCACUCUCUGAACUCCAUGCAGAGGCAAGGACCAAGUGGGAGGCAGAGAUGGAAGCUGAAAACCAAGAUGCAGAAAAGCAGCAGAAGGCCCUCAAGGAAGCCUUAGAACUGGAAAAAGCAACUCUCAGCCAUGAGCUUUCCAAAGAGCGUGACGAUCUCGAGCAACAUCAUAAGGAGGAGAUGGAGGCCCUGAGAGCAAAGAACCAGGAGCUCCAAAAUGAACUGGAGAACUUUAUUAGUUCAGCCCAGACCAAAGAGAUUGAGCUUAGCCGGCAGUUGAACGAGCUCCACGUCCGGCUGCAGGAGAACCUUGAUGCCAAAGACGAUCUCCUGGCCCAGUCAGAGAGAAAGGCCUUUGAGGUGGAGCUGCUUCUCCGACAGGCGGCAAAUGACUUUGAGCAGGAGCGUGCUGACCUGCAGACCAGCCUGUUCGACCUGGAAUCACGACACGUUGAUGCGCUUAACCUGACAGAGACACAGCUGGAGGAGAGGAGGCAGCUCCUGGAGGAAAGGGAUCAGCUUAAGGCCAAGAUCCAGGAGGUGGAGCAGCUGCUUAGGCAGGCAGCAGAGGAUUUUGAGAAUGAGAGGCUGGAGAUGCAGUGCACCCUGAUGGAGCUGGAGGAAAAACUGAAGGAAGCCCAAGCAGCCUCCAGCUUGGCAGAGAAGGCAGAGGGGCUGGGAGGAGACCUUGACCCAGAAGACAUUAUCGUUCUCUCCAAGGGUUCUGAAGAUCCUGAAGGUGUAUAUGAUGAUGAUGAUGUCGAGGAAGUGGCAUCAUGUGAUCUUCCUGUAUUCGCUGUACCAAUUCCAGAGGAGACUGCUGAGGAACUGGACAGGGAGAACGGUGGUAAUGCCAACACGCAAAUCACAGCGAGUGAAGUUGCACAUGAUGCUGAAGGAGGUACUGAUGAGACUGAGGCUCACGACAGUGAUGGUGAUGCCAUUGUUCAAGCUGACCCCGCAGAAGAGGGUGAUUUGAGUGCCAACAAUGAUGAGAAAGACGUUGUAGACAUGGUGAAUGACGAUGACGACCUGACUGAAACCACAGGUGAUGCAGAAGCGCACAAGGAAGGUGCAGAGGAGGAAGACCUGGUGGAGGUUACAGAGAAUGAAGAAGCUGACAACAAAGUUACGAUCACAGACGCUGAGGUUGUAGAUAUAGAUGAAGAACCUGAAGUUCUUCCUGCAGAACAUGACUGUGCAGAGGUCACAACUUUCAUUGAGAACAAUGAGAUCACAGACACGGACAUCAAUACUGAGGAUGACCAGGUAGAUCUCUCAGAAGACGUUGCGAAUCGGGAAACAAAGGAGAAUGUAGAGGUAGCUGAAACUGGAGAUGGAGUUGUUAUUGAAGAGGCCAAGCCUGAGGAUGAUGUUGAAGAAACUGGAAUAGAGAUUGUGCUUCCUGAUGCUUCUGAGCCUGAGGCUGAGGAAGUGGAGAUCCCAGAGGCUGAGGAAGUGGCCAUCCCAGAGGCUGAGGAAGUGGCCAUCCCAGAGGCUGAGGAAGUGGCCAUCCCAGAGGCUGAGGAAGUGGCGCUCCCAGAGGCUGAGGAAGUGGCCCUCCCAGAGGCUGAGGAAGUGGCCCUCCCAGAGGCUGAGGAAGUGGCCCUCCCAGAGGCUGAGGAAGUGGAGAUCCCAGAGGCUGAGGAAGCUGACGCUGCAGAAAAGGUCAUGGAUGCGGAGGGAGAGACUACCCACACAGAAUCUGAGGUGUUGGAGUUGGAUGUUGUAGAGAUGGUAGAUGCAAAUGGUGAGGUCACAGUGGUCACAGACACAUGGGCCGAUGUUGUAAACACAGAAGUUGAGGAUACUGAUGUUGUCAGCACAGGGGCAGUAGUUGAGGGCAUGGGAACAGACACAGGUGACACAGGGGAACAUGUUACUCACAAUGAGGCAGAUUCUGCCAGCACAGGGGAAGAUGUUGCCAGCACAGAGGCAGUUACUGGGAAAGAAGCAGAUGUUGACACAGGAGCACAGAAUGUAUAUGAUGGGGUAGGUGUUUCAGACUCAGAGGUAGACUUUACAGAUCUUGGGGCAGAUAGUGUAGAUCUUGGAGACACUGUAGACACUGAUGCAGAUGUCAUAGACACAGAAAGAAAGGUUUUAGAGGUCUCAGAGGAGAACAAGGAAGAAGGUGGUGACCUCGAUGCUGUGGAAGACAUUGAGCUUACUACAGAGGAUAUGAAGAUCAUUGAACAGGCCGGUGUUGCCGUCCUCCUGGAGAGGAUCAAAGAACUGGAAAGCGAAGCAGAGUUGGUGGCUAAGCUCCAGGAGGACUGUGCAUUGGCAGUGAAGGAGCGUGAUGCCUGUGUACAGGAAAUCCUAGAACUGCAAGACCGAGUAGGCCAGUUUCAGGAUCAAACACGUGUCCUUGCCAACCUACAGGAGCAACAUAAGGCUGCCUCUGAAGACAACCAGUCUUUACAGCAACAGCUCUCCCAGCUCCGGCAGCGAACCAGUGAGCUUGAGGUCAUCUUGGAGGUCAAUAGCGAGAGUGUCAUCACUGGACAGCAGGCUCUGGUCGAGAACUGUGACCUUAAGUCUGAAUUAUCUGCUAUGAUUGAGCAAGCCAAGGACCUAGAGAUCAAGGCUCUGGAGCUCACUGACUUACAGAUGCGGUACGAGGAGUGCAUCUGCGAGAACGUGCAGCUGGCUGACCACAACGAGAAGCUAGAGAAGCGGGUGGUGAGCCUGGAGGGCAAGAUGCAUAUCAUUCAAGAGUUCCACGACCAGCACUCUGCGCUCCUGGAUGAAAUUGGACGAAUGCGAGAGGAGAACGCCAAGCUAAGCGCUGUGGUCCAUGAACUAGAGAAGCAAGAUGAAUAUGAUGUGGAUGAUAUGCUCCAGGCCAUGCAGCAGGAAUCCUCAGAUUCUUCCGGAAACACGUCAGACUCUGACACCUUCCUGGAUUUGAACUCUCAGAUGGAGGCCAAGAUCCAGGCUGUGUCGGACCUGGAGGAGUGCUGUUCCGAGUUCGAGAAGCAGAAUUCUAAGCUGCGUAGAGCACUCACCGAGCUUCAGGAGAAGUCAUUCCAAAUACGCAAUCGGAUGCAGGCACAUAGGAGUGAGGCCGGACGCCUAGCGGAGGAGAAUCUCUUGUUGAGACAUAAAAUCUCUGCCAUAAAAGAAGAGGAAGAUCGAGAAAGUCAAGAGGACAUGCUCCUUAAACUGGAGCUUUCUAGAAAAGACAAGGUUGCUGCGCAGAAGAUGGCGGAGUCAUUCAAAAAACAGAUCUCUGAGCUGCGUGUGCGCGGGCAUCAGCUGGAGGAGGAGAACGGGCUGCUGUCGCAAAAGAACGCCCAGAACGCCGCAGACGUGCAGGAGCUGAGCAUGCAGCUGGGAGAGCUGAUUCGACACAGCGAGAGGAGGGAGGCCGGACACCAGCGCAGCACGCUCUCAGCGAGUGAGAGGGGCGAGAUGGAGGCGUGUGUGAGCGCCCUGGAGGCGGAGCUAACCAAAGCCCAGGAGGAGAGUGCUGUUCUACAGCGCGAGAAGACCCUGCUCUCACGGCAGCUCUCCUCUCUGCGUGGACAGCUGAAGGAGGGAGGAGAUGUGGCCAGCACUGUGGCCAGAGCCCAGAGACUACAGGAAGAGAAGGAGCUCCUUAAAGAGGAACUAGCUUGCUGUGUAGAAAAGUUGGCUAAACUGGGUACUAUGGAAUGCCAGCUCACCCACCUGCUGCAGGAGAGGCAGGCGGCUGAGAAGCAGACGCAGAGCCUGCGCAGCCAGCUGUCCAAAGCUCAGGAGAAGUGCCAGGCACUUGAGAGCACCCUUCAGAUGGUGAACCUGCAGACCAGUCGACACAAAUCUGACCUCAGGGUCACACAACAGGAGCGAGAGUCCCUUAAACAAGAAGUGAUCUCACUGCACCAGAAACUGCACAAUGCUAACGAGAAGAUCCAGCUGCUUGAGGUGAGCCUGCAGGCGAGCGGCUUCCCGGCCCCCCAGAGGCAGCUGCUGAGCGGGGAGCUGAGGCGCCUCCUGGAGCAGGACCAGCAGCUGCUGCAACAGGAGAACGAGCGGCUGCUGCGCGAGGUCCAGCACACCAAGGGGGAGCUGCAGAACACCCGUGAGAAGACCCGGCAGCUGGAGUCGAGUGUGGUGAGCCUGAAGCAGCGGCAGCAGCAGAGUCAGGCCGGGCUGUUCAGGGUGGUGGAGCAGGAGAAGGCCUCCCUAAAACGUGAGCUGGACGCCCUGCGCAACGAGCUGUUCUCGGCCCAGAACAAGGUGUGCGAGCACAGUGAAGAACAGCGGCACCUGGAGACGCUGAGGCAGGAGAACGCAACACUAAUAAACAGGCAGACCCACCUGGAGGCCCAACUGCUCGAGACCCUGCAGGUUCAGCUGGGAGGGAUGCUGCCGCAGUCUCCAGUCAGGAUGCCCGGGGAACGCAGGGCUCAACACCGCGCCGAAGAGCAUGGCCCUGAUUUCAACAUGCAGGACGAGCGAGAGAUGAAGCUAAUGAAGAUGGAGGGGAGGAUGCGGGAUGUGGAGUUGGCGCUCAGGAAUGUGAAGAUGCUGCUGCAGGACAAGGUCUCUCAACUCAAAGAUCAGUUGCAUAAGAACGGCAAGGCUGAUGGCAUGAUCAAGGACCUAUAUGUGGAAAACACCCAGCUCCUUCAGGCCCUGCAGCUGAGCGAGCAGCGCCACAAGACGGCCGAGAAGAAGAACUUCCUCCUGGAAGAGAAAAUAUCUAGCCUCAACAAGAUCGUCCGCGAACUCGGCCCAUCCCCGCUCUCACCCACCCCCUACCACUUCACUCGCUCCUGACCAAUCCUGGCAAAGGUUCUUGCCCAAGACAACCAAUCACAGGUAACCUGUGAGGCCUCCAAAGGAAGGACUUUGUUUGCCUUGAUUGGUUGAGACGCAGGAUUUGACACACCAGCUCAUUUGAAGAAAAUGAAGGAUACUACUUUAUUUGUGUGCUGUUGUAUGCAGCUUUGAAUGUACUGGACAGCAUUUCCUUAAGAUUCACAAAUUAGAGUUGAAAGUCAACUAGACCUACCAAAGUCCUGGAGAGUGCUUGAAUAUUCCAUCAGCCAGUUUAUGAAAUUGCAGUGAAUGUUGUCAAUGUCUCCGUUUAACUAUUACUUUGUUAGGUUGCUCCUUUUAAACUGUGCCUAGUAUUUGACAGACAGCAGCCACUGCCAUGCCUUCAUGGCAUCAGGAAGCCAGUAUCAGUACAGUGAUUUUGAGGAAAUGUAGAAUAAAAAACAUAUGCUUCGUAUGUCACUGUACUUAGCAGUAUACUCUAAAUCGUAGCAUUUAUUGGAGAAAAGAGGUAUAAUUAGUUAUAUAAUUGGCAAAUAUAAUCAAGAAAGCAUGGAAACACUACAUUUUAAUGUUAUGGAUACUAGUGUGAAAAGGGUUCCAGGAAUCUAAGAAUACUGCAGAACACACAUUAUUUGUAACUAAUGAGAUCUUACAGGUUUUACCUGAUCUUCUCCAGAGUUAUGAUGUGGCUUAAUCCUAGAUAACAGGGUCAGUUUUUGAAGCACUAUAUUUUAGUAAGCGCAAGUAUGAAGCGCAAGUGAAGUAUGAAGGUGUUUGGCCUGCGUGUAUUUCUGUGUAUGUUUUUCUGGUGAAAUGUUCUGAUGAGCACACUGAAUGAUUUUACCAAUAUGUGCUAGGACCAAUGGCGUGGAGAUUCUUGAGAACGAGGUGCACUUUAUGCAUGCCAGUUUGUGUUUCCUGUAUUUAUUUGUUUGUUUGUUCUGUUUUGGUUGUUGGAAUCCAUAUCCGAUUGUUUGUAAAGAUUUGUAAAGACAUCAUCGACAACAAGUGUAUGAGAGUUUUUGUGAUGGUGUUUCAGUAUUACAAUACAUUAAAUGUGGUGCUGUAUGUCACGAAAUGUUCACUAACUGCACACUAGGGUGUCUGCAGGUAAUGCACAACGAUCUUCAGAUGGCAUAAAUACUGAUGCACAUUAAGUGAAUGGUUACGUUGUCCCUGAAAUCAUUCUGUUGGACUGUCAGUCAAUCUUAGAGUCUUAACCCAUGAAAAGCCUUUGCAGCGGAGCGUAUCUUUUGCAAUGAAUGUUCAUAGUAUGCAUGUGUGUAUAGCCUGAAGGAUGCGUGUUGAAGGAAACUGUUGUUCUUUGGAACCUAAGAAAGCUUCAAGUUUUACUGGUGAUCCAGGAAACAUUCCCGCUUCCGACUUGUGAAUGUGGGAGGGGGUUAUAAUAAACAAUGACAAGCUGCUACUAGACUAUAAAGUGACACUAGUGUUUUCAGUACCAUGGAAGACCCAUGCGUGAAGUGUGAAAUAAACUUUUUUUUAAAUUAA